AUGGACCCUCCAGAUAUUCCCCCAGAAGGACCUCCAGAACCAAGUCCAGAUAAUCGAGAGGCAGAAGCAUUGCUAGGUCCCUCACCCCCUGAGGGCGAUGGGCCAGCUGGCCGAACCCGAGGACGCACCCAACGCGAUCCAAGGUUCCACCCUCCAGAUUCCACCAUAGCCCUGCCCUUACGAGAAAUAGGCCCCCCCGAUGAAACAGGGAACCCUCGGCUCCAAUAUUGGCCAUUCUCUACCAGUGACUUAUAUAAUUGGAAAACCCAGAAUGCCCGCUUUUCCGAUAACCCUAAAGACUUGAUAGCUCUUCUAGACAGCGUUAUGUUUACUCAUCAGCCCACCUGGGAUGACUGCCAGCAGCUCCUCCGGAUCCUAUUCACCACCGAAGAACGAGAGCGAAUCCAGCUGGAGGCGAGAAAACUGGUUCCUGGAGAUGAUGGUCAACCCACUGCUAACCCUGACCUCAUCAAUGCAGCCUUUCCCUUAACUCGCCCCCCGCAGGAUGAAUGGGACUAUAACACCGGAGAAGGUAGGGGACGACUGCUCAUUUAUCGCCAGACUCUAAUGGCGGGUCUCCGGGCUGCCGCGCGCAAGCCCACUAAUUUGGCCAAGGUAUAUUCAAUUAUACAAGGUAAAACAGAAAGUCCCUCCUCUUAUUUAGAAAGAUUAAUAGAAGCCUUUAGACAGUAUACCCCUAUGGACCCAGAGGCCCCCGAAAAUCAGGCUGCUGUUGUAAUGUCUUUCGUUAACCAGGCAGCCCCUGAUAUUAAAAAGAAACUCCAGAAAUUAGAAGAUCUGGAGGGCAAACAGAUACAGGAUCUACUCCGUAUCGCCCAGCGCGUCUUUAAUAACCGAGACGCCCCAGAGGAUAAACAACUUAAAGCCACUGAAAAAAUGACUAAGGUCCUGGCUGCCAUUGUUCAGAAAGACCAAGAGGGCCCCCCAGCCACUCGACCUCCCAGGCGACCAUUGGACAGAGAUCAAUGUGCCUAUUGCAAAGAGAAAGGCCACUGGGCUCGAGAAUGCCCCAAGAAAAGGCAGCCGCGCCCCAACCAGAGGCAAUGGCAACCGAAGGCCACCCCAGUCCUAUUUACACAUGAUGCAGAGUAGGGGGCACGGGGUUCGGACCUCCUCCCCGAACCCAGGGUAACCCUACAAGUGGAGGGGAAACCAGUCCAAUUCCUGGUGGAUACGGGGGCACAGCAUUCGGUCUUGAUUAAGCCCCACGGGAAAGUUUCUAACAAGUCCUCCUGGGUUCAAGGAGCUACUGGAGUUAAACAUUACCCCUGGACUACUCAGAGAACUGUAGACUUGGGCACUGGAAGGGUGACCCAUUCCUUUUUGGUUAUUCCCGAUAGUCCUUGCCCCUUACUGGGAAGAGAUUUACUCACUAAAAUGGGAGCACAAAUUCAUUUUCGACCAGAAGGGCCGAUCGUAACAGACCCUCAGAACCAACCCAUAUCUGUGCUCACCCUAAACUUAGAAGAUGAAUACCGACUUCAUCAGGAACCACCCUCCCAAAAUCAAGACAUAGAAUCAUGGCUUCAGCAGUUUCCCGAAGCAUGGGCAGAAACAGGCGGGAUGGGAUUGGCAAAACAUCGCCCAGCCCUAUUCAUAGAAAUCAAACCAGGAGCGGACCCUGUGCGUGUUCGGCAGUAUCCCAUGCCCCUAGAAGCCAAAACUGGUAUCACCCCCCACAUUCGCCAACUUCUUGAUCUGGGAAUAUUGCGCCCCUGCCAGUCAGCUUGGAAUACGCCCUUGCUGCCAGUUCGCAAACCUAACAGUAAAGACUAUCGGCCAGUGCAGGACCUAAGAGAAGUUAACAGACGGGUCAUAGAUAUUCACCCCACUGUGCCCAACCCAUAUACUCUCUUGAGUGCCCUUAGUCCUGAAAAACAGUGGUAUACUGUGUUGGACCUCAAAGAUGCCUUUUUCAGUUUAACUUUGGCGCCUAAAAGUCAAGAACUCUUUGCCUUCGAAUGGUCGGAUCCCGAGAGAGGCAUAAACGGACAACUCACCUGGACCAGACUUCCCCAAGGAUUCAAAAAUUCGCCCACCUUAUUUGAUGAGGCCCUACACGAGGAUCUCAGUGAGUACCAGAGACAAAACCCCAAUGUAACCCUCCUACAGUAUGUUGAUGAUCUCUUAAUAGCUGCUGAGACCGCUGAAGCCUGCCUGCAGGGAACCAGAAACCUCCUACAGACUCUCGGCACCCUGGGAUACCGGGCCUCUGCCAAGAAAGCGCAGAUCUGCAGGCCUGAGGUAACUUACCUGGGGUACCUAUUGAAAGGGGGGCCACAAGAUAUGAUGCGCCAGGUAAAGACCCAAAGACAAAUAGAAGAAAUUUAUCAACAUCUCUAUCCAGAACUUAAUUAUCAUCCCCUAAUUCGACCCAAGGUCGAUCCCUCAGAAUUAGACCCCCAGACUAUGACCAUAUUAAAAGCUACAUUUACACUUUUAAAUAUGACUAACCCCACUUUAGCACAAGAUUGCUGGCUUUGUUUACCUCAAGGACCGCCCCGCCCGAUAGCCAUCCCCAUUGGUAAUGGUCCACACCUUGCCAAACAGUGCACCCCUACUUUAUUGCCUGUGCCAUUUCUCACACAGUUUUCAGGGUUCUCUACUACUUUAAAUGCUACCUGUUUUGUUAAAAAUGAUUCCCUCAUUAAUGAUAGUAUUGACUUGGGAAUACUGUCUUCUGUUAAUUGUACAUCAUAUAUAACUGUAAAUUCAUCCCUUUGCAGUUCUAACACUACUGUUUUUGUUUGUGGAAACAAUAUAGCUUACACCUAUUUGCCCCUAAACUGGACGGGGAUUUGCACCCUGGCCACUAUUUUACCCAAUAUAGAUUUAAUUUCGGGAGACACGCCAUUACCUAUUCCUAGUUUGGACCUUUGGGCUGGAAGAUCUAAACGAGCCAUCCCUCUUAUUCCCCUUAUCGCGGGGCUAGGAAUUACUGGAGCUGUAGCCGCUGGGGCGGCAGGCCUUGGACACUCCCUCUAUUCUUAUAAUCAGUUAUCUAGACAAUUAAUAGAAGAUAUUGAAACCCUCUCCGGGACUAUCCAAGAUUUACAAGACCAACUUGAUUCAUUGGCUGAAGUAGUCUUACAGAAUAGACGGGGUUUAGAUUUAUUAACUGCCGAACAGGGAGGAAUAUGCCUUGCCUUAAAAGAAAAAUGUUGUUUUUAUGCAAACAAAUCUGGCAUUGUAAGAACCAAAAUUCAUCAGCUGCAAGAAGAUUUAGCACGCCGGAGAAAAGAAUUAUUAGACAAUCCCCUCUGGACAGGACUUCAUGGAAUGCUCCCAUAUCUCCUUCCUGUUUUGGGUCCCUUAUUAUGCAUACUUAUAUUACUCACCAUAGGCCCCUGUAUAAUCAGUAAAAUCAUGGAUUUUGUACGUGAAAGGAUAAAUGCAGUUCAAUUAAUGGUAUUAAGAACUCAAUAUCAACCCAUAGAAAUAGAAGAAACCGAGACAUAA